CAACACGGAGAACAACUUGAACAUCUCCGGUGCUUUUGAUUUGACACCAGUUAUAAUAGGUAGUUGGAAGCAGUACCGUAGUCUAAUACAGACAGUGAUGUAUCUUUCAAAGGCCCUUAUUCUGGGCGCAGCCUUUCUCUCGGGCGCUUUGGCUAAUGAGGAGCCAACAUGCCAGCCCACGGAGCUAAUGCUUUAUGACUUUGUUGUCGUGGGAGGUGGAACGGCGGGUGCUGCUGCAGCUGCCGAGUUGGCACGCAAUCUGCCUGACACGACCGUUUUGCUGUUGGAUCAAGGCAAAGACUUUUCGGACAAGCCCAUUGUCAUGAACAAUGACGAGUUUGUCAACGCUGCGGAAAGUCCCUACUGUGAACACAAGUUUUCCACUGAAGUUGCUUUGGCUGGCAACUUUGGUGCUGAUCGCAACAUUUAUACCUGUGUCUCGAAAAUUUUGGGAGGUGCCAGCAGUUUGAACUAUGGAGGCUGGUAUCGCGUCCCUGAGUUUGACUUGGACGACUGGGUGGAAGCCACCGGCGACGAUGCUUGGAGCUACGAUAACUUGCUUCCCUACUUUCGCCGUCUGGAAGCUGUGGACAGAGCUGAUGGAUCCACUCCCAAUCCCGAUCGUGGCUAUGAUGGCUUGAUUCCUGUUCGUCAUGACAACAUUUCGGUGGUGCACUACACUACGGGAAUGAUUCCAGCCGUUGAACGCUACUUGGGAGUCCCGGUGGGAGAUCAAGACAGCAACAACCGGUAUCAAGACGCCAUUGGAUCCUUGCAGGAAUCUCGAGUUGCCGGAGGAUGCUGGUACGAUGAAGACGGAAAUCAAUUGGGAUGUGCCGCCAAUCUUCGCAACGGCAGUUCCUACAAUGCCUUUAUUCGCGAUCCUCAACGCCAAGGCGAAUUGCCCAAUCUGCACAUUUUGGAAGGAGCCAAGGUUGUGCAGCUAUAUGAUUUCAUGCCCGACAACACUGAUGGACCCAUGACGAUCGAAUAUGUGUACAAAUCCUAUCGUUACUACGUUCAAGCUGGUCGUGAAGUGUUGCUGAGCGCUGGCUCCUGGGCCAAUCCCAAGAUUGCUCUUCUCUCUGGAAUUGGUAAUAAGGAUGAUCUCGCUGAAGUUGGCAUUGAAUCCAAGAUUGAUCUCCCUGGUGUUGGACGUGGCUUGAAGGACCAUGGAGUUUUGUGGAUGACGGCAAUGCUGAACAAUAUUCAACUGACUAACUUUUCGGAUCCGAACCUAGGAUUUGAUCCCAGCACCUUUAGUGGUGUCAACAAUCCGCUGCCUGGACUCUUGGCGGGACGCAACACCAUCAAUGCAUUCUUCAAGUCCAAUGAGACGUUGGAGUUUCCCGACAUGGAAUUCAUGACAGGACUGUCUCCCACUGGUCCUGGACGAACUGCGCUGAUGAUUAUUCGGUUGUAUCAGAAUAAGGAUACCUCCGGCAAGGCGGGAGGAUUUCUGAAACUGAGAUCUGAUGAUCCUUCUGAGGAAAUGGAUACUAGCCGAAACUGGUACGCUGACGAGGAAAGUAUUGCUCCCAUGCUUGCAUCGCUCAAGACGGUACUGGAAAUGGUUCAGACGGGCAUGGCAUUCUCGGCGCCCAUGAUUCUAGAACCCAAUGGCUUUACGACUGACUUCACGGAUGAUGAGGCCCUGAAAGCCUACAUUCGAAGUUCUGUAGUCUCCGAAAUGCAUUUGCAGUGCAGCAUGAAAAUGGGUACAGAAUCAGAUCCUAUGGCUGUUGUAGAUUCGGAGCUCAAGGUAAUUGGUAGCAACGGGCGUCUGCGAGUGGCGGAUACAUCCGCCUUCCCGACCGAGGUGCGGGCUCAUCCAAUGGCAAUGGCUAUGGUAACGGGUAUGCGAGCGGCUACGUUGAUUACGGAAUCCUACCAAGCAUCUGGUGACGGAAACUCGACAUCCACUGUGGGUGAUGGCGUGGACGGUGCUGUCACGGAGGAUUCGGAUUCCGAAGGAACCAAGGACGACGAGGCGGGAGCAACUAAUGCAGCAAGUGGUGCCAGGCAGAGUGGAAGUGAGUGUGCGUUUGCUGUUGCUGCCACCGCGGCUGCCACCACCUGCGCAUUUGCCGCCAUUGCUGGUUAAUUAUCAAUAAGUUAUUGAUUGUUUUGUACUAUCUUGUAAAUGACAUUAGUAAAGAAGGUUUUUGCGAGGAAACUUUGUGACUGUGGCAUGGUCUCGUUCUUAAAAUCCUUGAGCCAACGCUGCCGAGAUGAUUUACCGGUAUUUGAUCUUGAAUGAUUUUUCCCUUUGGUAGAACUCUGCGAGCUAAAAUGCUACCUUCUAAUAAUGAAUUCUUGCAAAGAGUAGAAACCUUCAUUGGGAGCUGUACGAGGAAGUUGAGACGGCGUAACAUGUACGUAGCAAGCUAAUAUAAUAAUAAUAAUAUAAGUGGCGAGCAUAUCUUGCGCGCGAGCAUCCGUUGACCUCAGUGGCG